AUGUCUCCAGCAUGUGCCCGUUACGGCAAGACACAGAGCGAUAGCCCGCCAGUCAAACUGUCCCUCAAUGGAUCGCGACAAGAUUCACCAAGAGAGGCCAUCCAUAGCCAAAAUGCCCAUCGCGUCUUGUAUCCGAUCUCACCACCAGCCUCUAAGACUCACUUACUCGAAGAAUCCGCAAUCAACACACCCGCAAAUAGUGUCCCGUUAUCUACCCCGACGCAGGUUGCUGAUGACCGUGACCCUGAAAGUGCCGAGCAUCGACCAUACUACACAGCACAUGGACGCUUUGCUGGUGAUGUUGCGGCUGCUAUAGAUGCAAAGGCGGGAUUGCCGCCAGUUGCAUCAAAUCUCGUUCCAUUUGUGGAUGCGCCACUGUUUGGAGAGAUAGACCUACGGCCGCAAUAUACAGAUGACAACUUCAUCACAGAAUUGCCCCCUAGGACGCACGCAGAUAUGCUCGCUGCUUUAUAUUGGGAAUACAUUGACCCCAUAGAACCUGUGUUGGAUCAAACGCAGAUCUCUUAUGCUCUAGACGAGGCUUACGCUGGAACUAACUCAACCAAGCAUGGCAAACGUGGUAUCUGGCUCAGCAUCCUCAAUGUUGUCUUUGCCCUAGCUGUGCAGAGACAGGAAGUCACCCCCGAACAGCAUCGAAACGAAGAAGCUAGUCGCUACUUUCAGCGUGCGUGGGCGCUUCUGCGACCGGAAACAGUUGUUUGGGAACCGGGAUCAUUGGAGCUUGUGCAGUGUCUGAUGUUGAUGAAUCGCUAUCUCCACUGCACUAAUAAUCAGCACAUGACAUGGAUGACAGCGGGUUUAGCAAUACGCAUAGCUCAAAACAUGUGCAACAGUUUUCCAGUGUCAUCUGCUACUCUAGAAGACAGACAUAUACGGCAGAAGGUCUGGGCGAGUUGUGUGGGUUUGGAUCGCUGCGUAUCAUGGUCACUUGGCAGAACUUCGGCACCAACUCUCACUUCACUGCCGAGAAGGAGUGAAUUCAUGAUGCGUGAUGAUGAACUGGAUCUGUCCAGGGGAGAAGAGCAUCACACGCGGAUGCUGGAACUUUUCGAAAUUGGCAACCACAUUCAGUUGGCACAGACUCAGACGCGGAAUACCCUUGCUGCCAAAUUAAGACUUCCGCGAUUGUACCAGCAAGACGAAUACCACGUGGUGGCUGUGCAGCUGGAUGCUUGUCUUCAAGAAUGGGAGUGUAACUUGCCUGUCUACAUGAAGCGUCAGGGUCUUAAAUCCAUCACUGACAGGAGGUCUCGUGCCAAAGCGUGUUUACUUCACCUCCAUUUACUUCACACGAGAAUAUACCUCUUCCGACCGCUCCUGGCGCGCCUGUACGCGAUGAACUCCCAGGAAUCUACGAGUAGCCCAUUCGACCGUUCUAGUCUCAGUGACAGACUUCUCCACGACUCUGCUAAAAUGUGCAUUGAGGCGGCACAAAAUGUCACAACCCUAGUUAUGGAAACGAUGCAGUCCGACGGGGACAUCGGUCUACUACCGUGGUGGCAUAGAGUCUACUAUUUGCACAUUACAGGCACAAACUUCCUUGCGGCAAUGUGCACGCCAGACUUAUUCACUGAGUCCGUGGCAGUGGCGUGGCAGGAUGUGCUGUCCGGGCUACACAAGCAUGAGCAUUUGAGCAAGUAUGUGCCGCAAUGCAUUCAGAUGUUUGAGAUGUUGUCCAUGCGGAUUCGCGCAGCUCAAAAGAGCAACCAAGUGAGCGACGAGAACAGGUUUCUUGAUGAUGCUCUCGUCAUGCCCUUUGACGACAUUUUUCAGGAUGUGGACUUUGACUUUGACAGCUUUGUCUUUGGUGUUGGUGGUCCUGCGAGUCAUGCAUACUGA